AUGUUGAGAAUCAUCUACCUGACCACCUUCGCAGCACUUGUCCUGGGUCAGCCAGAGCCUGGGCAAAUAAUUCAGACCAGAGUUAUUUGGGGUGACACUGCAAGACCGAACUCUUGGCCAUGGCAGGCUUCUCUGCAAGUCCAAAAUGGCUUACGCCACAGUCAUGUCUGCGGAGGUGUGCUGAUCAAAAAACAAUGGGUGUUGACAGCUGCUCGCUGUGUAGAUGGUGUUAAUGUAUCCCAAGUCGCUCUUGGUGAUCAUGACCUGAUGAAAAAUGAGGGCAGGGAGCAGGUCCUCAAAGUGAAACGUACCUAUAUCCACCCUGACUGGGACAAGAAUCAAGGGAAUGACAUUGCCUUGAUCCUUCUGCCCACUGAGGCCACUCUAAACUCUUACGUGAAGCUGGCUACCCUGCCUUCCUCAGACCAGAUGCCCUCUGCCAAAUGGACAUGCUACAUCACUGGCUGGGGAAGCACAGAAACUGGUGGCUCACACUCUGAUGUACUGAAGCAGGCCUCCCUGCCGAUAGUCGAAAUCCCUUCUUGUCGUUUCACUUAUUGGUCACUGGACUCUGCUAUUAAGGACAACAUGAUCUGUGCUGGUGGUAGAAUAAGUUCUGGCUGCAACGGUGACACUGGUGGCCCUCUGAACUGUCUGGUCGGGACAAACUAUAUUGUCCAUGGACUGACCAGCUUUUGGGAUCCUGCAGGCUGCAGCAAAAAACCCACUGUCUUCACCCGUGUGUCUGCCUUCUUACCAUGGGUGCAGUGUAAACUGGAUUGUUACAUUGAAUGUAACCUUACUGGGAGGAAGGAGUUACCGGAGUUUGCAGGGGACAUUGAGAGCACCUCCAAGUCUGAGUCUAUGGUCCUAGUCCAGAAAAGGAUUGCAUGCCCACUCCAGGUAAGGGGAAAGGACCUGCCCCGGAUGGAGGAGUUUAAGCAUCUCGGGGUCUUAUUCACAAGUGAUGGGAAGAGGGUGGUGGGCUACACUCUACCUAAUAGAGUGAAGAACUCUGUCAUCCAGGAGGAGUUUAGACUUGGGGUCCCCUGGAACAAGCUGGAGGAAGUUGUGGGGGACAGGGUCAUCUGGAAUUCUCUGUGCUCCCACCUGCUACUGUGA